CGACAUCGCGCAGAGUCCAGAACUUACACCCUCGAACUCGUCGAAUGUCUCCUGAUCCACUUUCACUAUUUAAAUCUCAGCAAGGCAGAUAGUGAGGAAAUUUGGGCAAUUCGCGCCGAAUUAGUUAGCAUGGGCCUAGCAAUGGGCCUCCACCGCGACCCACCUAGGUGGAGGAUUAACAAGGAGCUUGCAGAGAGAAUGCGUUGGGCAUGGUGGCAUAUCAUAUUAAUCGAACGCAUUCAUGUUUGGUCGUCCUCUUGCCGUAGCUUCCCACCACUUUGGCACCCAACUUCCCUCCGUUUCCUUAUCUGCAGCUGCAGCUUCGUCCGCUCCGGGAACUCUUUCUGGAUAUAGAACCGAGACACCAUCUCCUGACCUAUGGUCUCAUAGCCAGCUCAGAGCAACUUCUAAUCUUGCCAUCACCGCGCCAUUGAUGCUGGGUGAUUCAUUGCAGCCUAGAGCUGUAACUCCAAGCUCCCUCCGUUCGUCUCUUCGGCCAGGGGAGGAAGACGAAGAAGACGACCCAUUCGAUCCAAUCGCGCCAAAGACAUCAUCCAACUCCUUCCAUCCAAUCACAAUCACCGACUUUGACCGUACCUCAACCUCAGCCGAUGAUCCGCUUGCACAAGCUUACUACCAGCAUGGCUAUGAUUAUGACCCGCAGUUCGAUGGGUCGGUCGAUGACGUGGAGGGAACAGGGCACUUCACAGAUGGGAUGACACCUCUCGAUGUGCUCAGUUCAGUGUUUGGAUCCACCCUUGCGCCAUCUGCGCUUGAAGAUGCACUUUCUCAGAAUGGCUAUGAUUUCAAUGGUGCUAUGGCAUGGCUUUUUGAUCGCGCUCUGCCUUCUCCACCUCGCCACAGCUAACCUCAUAUGCAGUCCAUGGGAGGACGAGUGACAUUAGUAGCUAGGGAUGGAAGUGCCGGGGUAGUGCAUGGAGGACGCGGAGGCUUCCAGCCCGCCCGAGGUUCUACCUCAUGACCGCGCUCUUCCGUCGGUUUGUUGGUCGUCAGCCCAACUACCCCACGCAGCUCUCGACCAAUCCGUCAGCCUCCUCGACCCCAACCGCGACCCCCCACUCAACGGGCACGUCCAAGGGUCGGAUUCGCGUCAAGCC